GACAUUCGAUUUCUUUAUCCGACAUGUUCGCCUUGGGGUAUGGGCCAGUACCAACAUCCCAAGAGCGUGAUGAAUUACGGCAAAAGCUUGGAGUGGCAUUUGACCAUGAUGAUAUCGUUGCUCUGCUCAAGGAUUGGAGAUCUAUGUUCCAUCUCGAGUCUUUCAAUCACCGGAACGCACUGGCUGAUGCGGUUCGUCCUGUUCUUGGAAGAGAGAAGGCUCUUGCUGUUUUGUCAGGAGCGUAUCGAAAGAAUGGCAACCAAAGUGAAAACGUCGUCACCAGCUUACAAGACGGGAUUGUUUUCCGGGAGGCUUGUCGUCUGGCUGAAAUUGUCAAGGUCUCUAUCUCCCUCGAAGACGAUGACCCACUGACAACCAUCCUCACCGCCCUGGAGAACCGACUGAAUAAAAGUCAGCUUCCUGAUGAUGUGUGUGAGAAGAUCAGAGAAGCGGGAUUUCAGGAAUUAUUAAACGAGAUUCAGAGAGGCAAUUGUCAGGAAAGUGACAGUGGAUGUACCCGGAUUCAAUGGAGGGAUAUCAUCCAAAACGAUAUAUCGGCACGUAUAGCGAAUGUUCUCGGUGGAAGAACGACCACUCCGAUAUCAACCGUCUUUGACUCUUGGGAAGAAAGGAUAAGGAAUAACCCGCUCACGGGAGAUAAACGUGGAGAGCUAAGUGAUCGACUCCUGCGAGCUGGAUAUGAAGAAUUCGCCCACGAGAUCAUGACCGGAUUUGUUCCGAGGCCACAGGACAAAAAGUGAAGAGACGGGGAGUGCACUAAUAUUUUUUUCUCGCUACGAGGAACGAAUCACCAUGUCUUUAUACAUUUCAUGAAAUAUUGGACAUAUUGAUCAUUUUGGUCGAGCUGUCGGCACAUUGAGGUCUCCAUGAUUAUUCACUUCAGAGGCCUGUUGCAUAAAGUGUUGCAUUCAAACGCAAGUCAAAAUGUCAAUUGCAAAUCCCAAAGGUGAGCUGUUGAUUGGUUGGAAAUCAAGUUGCGAACGAUCUUUAGAAUUUCAUUUGAUUGCAACUCUUUCUUGCUCGGUGGAAAAAGGGAAUGUAGGCUUGCGUGCCGGGCGUGUGUUUCAUGAAGCUGUAAUCAAGUUAAGAGCGAGUUUAGGAACGACUGGUGAUCCUUUCUUGGAAUGAAUGGUAUACACCAUUGAUUGUUCACUGGUGAUUAUUUAGCGCGUAAGAAAGGGUCACCAGUCGUUCUUAGUGUCGCUCUUAACUUACGAACAGUUUGAUGAGACGACCCGGACCUUAUCUCUUAGGGUACUGUUUCAUAAGGGUUUGUAUGAGCUCCGCACGACUUUAUGCAUGACUGGUGACCAUUUAUUUUGCUAAAUGAUCCAUAUGUAUAUGUAGCUGACACAGCAGCCGCACCUAAGAUCAUGUACCAGUCUCGCGUAAUGUUGCGCGUAACUUUGCGAAAUGUCGUUUCAUAAAGCUGUUCGUGAGUUACGAAUGAUUUCUAUAAAAGUCUUCAUUUCCUUGGUGCUAAGUCUUCAUCAUUUUAAUUUCCAUCUGCUUUUAUCAUGCCAUUUGAAAUUCGAUAAUUCUAGAUGCAAAUUCUCUUUUGAAUUCUCGUCUGCAUAGAAUAUUUAUUUUGCGUUCUAAAUUUCAUUAGAACAAGUUUGUUAAAGCAAUGUUUUACAUGUCUUGUGUUAAACCGUGUCAUGUAACUGCUUUAGAAAAUGGGCCCUGUCACCGUAUUGGCAUAUUUCGAUAAUGAACCGAUGUUGAUUCGAAUGACGUAACAAAUAAAAAUUCAAUAGGAAGUCGUAGUGUCAAUGUUUUUAACAAUAUUGUAGUGGUUUAGCCGGGAAGUUAAGUUCUUGUUGGGAUUGAUAUCAGCAGAAUGGACGAUAAGUAACAACAUUUACAUAAUGGUUGCAGAUUUUUAAGUGGCAUCGAGUGGGAUUGAUGAU